CCUAUAUCUACUUGAUUACAAUGACGCCCGCAUUAAGGCCAAUAGAGGCGCUUCAAACGACCAGUAUUUCUCACAGAGAUCUGGCGGCUAGUCGCAGCAGCAGCACAGAUAAGAACGUUGGAACCGAGGAAUAUAUCGAGGUUGCUGAUAGAAAACCUGCUAUAAAAGACGGUGGUACUCGAGCCUGGCUGCAAGUUACUGGCUCUUUUCUUGUAUUUUCAAAUAUCUGGGGUUUCAUAUUCGCAUUUGGGGCCUUCGAGUCUUACUACCAAAUCACGUACCUACCCGCGGCGUCUUCAUCAUCAUUAGCAUGGAUUGGUACAACUGCCAACUUCCUGCUUAUAUUUGGCGGCAUCCUCACCGGUCCCCUUUUUGAUAGGGGUUAUUUCCGCACUAUGCUGUUAACGGGUGCUUUCCUUGAGGUUCUAGCCGUGUUCUUGUUGAGCAUAUGCACCAAAUACUGGCAGGUCUUACUUACACAGGGGAUUAUGCUCGGUGUUGGAAACUCUUUUCUGUAUAUGCCUGGGCUCGCACUUGUCGGCCGCUCAUUCUUGAAACAUCGUGCCGCAGCACUUGCGUGCGCCACCUGCGGUGCGCCUAUCGGUGGGAUCGUUUUCACUCUCGUUUUCCAGCAGCUCGUUUCACCCUUAGGCUUCGGCAGCACUGUUCGAGUCAUAGGAUACAUCAUCGUGGGGUGCUAUCUCAUAUCAUUCCCAUUGCUUCUCUGGAAUGUACAAAACCUCGGAGACCUAUCGGCCACCAGGACACGGAAGCUAUUUGAUGCCAAGGCUUUUUUGGAGCUUCCUUUCGUGAUAUAUACUCUGAGCAACUUCAUGGUGUUCUUCGGCUACUUGGUCCCGUUCAUCUUCAUGUCCAGCUUUGCGCAAAUCGCUCUGGGAAUGAGUUCCACGGAUGCAAAUGCUACAAUUAUGAUUACGCAGGCUACUUCCAUUGUCGGUCGGUUACUAUCGGGCUAUUUUGCUGUCAAAAUUGGUAAUAUUGUACAGUGGAGUAUCUGUGCCUUAGCGAGCGGAAUCAUCUGCAUUGCAUGGGCUGGUAUUCAUCAGCAAGGAACAUUCUUUUUACUUGUUGCACUCUUUGGCAUGUUCAGCGGCCCUCUAAUUUCAUUACCGCCAAGUGCCUUCGUCAUUGUAUGUUCUGACCCAGAGCUGCUCGGCACAAGAUUGGGCAUGGCAAGUGCAAUUGGAGCAUUUGCUAGUUUAAUCGGCAGUCCAACCGCAGGUGCUCUGGAGCAGGUGGGUGGGAAGACAAACUUCCUUGCUAUGCAGCUUUUCAGUGGGGUGUGUAUGACGACUGGGGGCUUCUGUUUGGUUUUCCUAUGGGCCAUUCUUAUUAAAAGAAGGGAAGGAAGCAAGCUUAUAUAA